CGUAAUGGCGGGGUAGUCGGACCGGUCUACUCUGUUUUAAUUGCCGCUAAACAUACAAAAAAAACGACGCUUCCGCCGUCUCGGUGACUGACAACAGUACGCUGCGUGGCAAAUAUCCCCUCUAUUGACCCUGGCUGUAUUGUGAAACACGAUACAAAACCGGAUGGUUUAUCGGUCACCCCCUUCCAGGGACAACCAAACGGACUUUGGACGUUCAACUUGUCCGCCAAGUCGGAAGUGCGCUUCCGCGUUGCCGGCAGGCGUGCGGUCGCAGCGGGAGGAUGAACGACCACAAAUGGAGCGCUUUGUACCAGAAACCCCGAGGACGCGCGAGGAUUAUUCAGUGCAUCUAUGUGGUUGGCUUCAUGGACUUGUUCGGGGUGAGCAUGGUCGUCCCGCUGCUGAGCCAUCACGUCAAAGCGCUCGGCGCAAGUCCCACAGUCGCCGGGAUUGUCGGGUCCACCUACGGCGUCUUACAACUGUUCUCAAGCACAAUCGUGGGCAGCUGGAGUGACGUCGUGGGCCGCCGGCAGUCCCUGCUGACCUGCUUGCUGCUGAGCGCUUUCGGCUACGGCCUGCUGGGGAUGUCCACCAGCAUCGCUUUUUUCGUGCUCUCGCGCGUCCCCGUGGGGCUGUUCAAGCACUCCCUGUCCAUCUGCAGAGCUCUGCUGGCCGACCUGGUGACCGAGGCAGAGCGCCCCCUGGUGAUGGGGCACUUCAACGCCGCCUCCAGCGUGGGCUUCAUUCUGGGCCCCGUGGUGGGCGGCUACCUGACGGAGCACGACGGCGGCUUCUACACUUGCGCCUUCUCCUGCGCCGCCAUCUUCCUCAUCAAUGCCGGGCUGGUUUGGGUGCUUCCGUGGGGGGACGUUCUCCCGGACUGCGACGGCACCGCCGACGCCAGAAAGCCCGUCGGCAACGGUUCCCCCGCCCCGGACCCGCGGACCCCCCCUGUGCGGCCGGUCUGGAGGCAGCUGUCCCCGGUGGGCUCCAGGAUCCGCGCGGUGGCCUCGUCCGACAUGUGGGACCUGUUCCUGGUGCGGCUGCUGAUGGCGGUGGCCAUCAUGCUGUACUACAGCAACUUCUCGCUGGCCAUGGAGGAGCGCUUCUCUCUCAAGCCCAAGACGACGGGCUACCUCAUCAGCUACAGCAGCACGUUGGGGGCGCUGGCCGGCUUCCUGGUGGGGCCCGUGACCCGGCUGUACGGCAACAACAUGGCCGCCCUGCUGCUGCACUCCACCCUGCUGACGUGCUUGCUCAUCUCGCUGUACGCCGCCGCGCAGGGCGUGUGGCAGGUGCUGCUCACCUCCACCUUCUUCGCCGUCUCCACCACGGUGGGGCGCACCGGCAUCACCGACCUGGAGCUGCGCAGGGGGGGGGCGCGGGCCAGCGGGACUCUGAUCGGAGCCGGGCAGUCGGUCAACGCCGUGGGCCGCGUGCUGGCCCCCGUGCUCUCGGGCAUCAGCCAGGAGUUCAGCCCGUGCGGACCUCCCGCCCUGGGGGCGCUGCUGGCCUUGGGGGCGGUGGCCGUGCUCCUCGUUCGCGUCCCCAAAUGGAGCGAAACGCAAAUGGCGACUAAAAUCAAGUAAAAGACUGCAGGACCAACGGGAGAAGUCAAGAAGUGUUUUUUGGUCUUUCUCCCCCCCCCAACCUCAGACUGGACAAACUGGAUUCGAGUGGGUUUCACAUAUUUCAAAACAUUCUGAAUGACUUUAUUUGCGUGCACCACCAAUUGUUCGGGAUCGCUGCUGCAGCAACACAAGGCGAGCGCCGAAUCUCAAGCGGUGUUCGGAAUCGUUCGCUCGUUCUGGUUGAUCAACAAUAAAUUGAAUUAAGAUAGA